UUUGAAAUAAAAUGCUAAAUGGCAUCUGACAACAGAAUCUGUCAGUUGUAAGAAUUUAGCAUAUUUAUAGUAAAUAUGGCAACACUUGAACCUAACAGCUGCGGAAAUUUGGCGCGUAUUAUGUCGAAUUGGCUUUCCAAUUUCUAGGCUUGCGUUUAAGAUAAGUAUAGAAAGUGAAUUCGGAAUUGGAUGUUGCAAAAGAUACGAAAUAUGCGUUCCGAUCAAAAACAAAAUAUCGCCGCCAAUGUAGAAACACGUAGCAAGUCGUCAAUAGAUGCUGAUGCAUCAUUUGGAAGUCCUGUUGAAAGGAUUAAAGUUGCUAACUGCAAUCAAAACACUUCCGAUAAAAAGCUCAAAAGAAUGAAAAGUGAAAAGUGUAAUUUUAUCAAUAAACGGGAGAACUGUGAGCCUCGAUUGUCGACACCAACAACAUCUACUGCUUUCUCGGACUGUGAGGGAAAAAGAAAAAGUACAUCAACGUGUAUUGGUUCAAGCAAAAGAUUGUCAUCGUCUACGCCACGCAGAAAACGUAAUAUGUUGGCCAAUUUGUAUUCCGAUCUAAGUCCUAAAUACAUUGGAUUUGCGACUCCUCCAUCAUCGUCGACAGUUGCCAUUACUGGCAGUGAAAGUGAAGGUAGCCUUCAAACUAGAAGUGCCCGCCAUCGUAAAUUACUCAUAUGUGCCGCCAGUCCAGAGAUAGGAGGUAGCGAUAGUGAAAUUUUGUCCGAUUCGUCCAAAGCAUUGCUGGGCUGCGUGAGACGUGCGCGAAAUCAAUCGGUAACGCCGUCUCCGAAUAGGUUGUCAGCACGAAAAAAAUUUGAGAGUCCCAUUGAUAAAUUAUUGGCACUAAAUGGUUCGGUUGUGUUAAAUGAUAUUAGCAAAGAGAAAAUAGUAAAAAACUUAACUUUAAGUCCAAACUCUAAUUUAAAUAUCACUAUAAAUGAAAAUGAUCGUGAACUUUCUGAAUUACAAAGAAAAAGUGAAUCGGUUGUUUCUGUUCAUUGCGAAAAUAAUAAUGUUACUAAUUUGGUAAAUAUGGAGCGAAAACAAGCUAAGGAUAUCAAUGAUUCUUUAUUAACUGAAAACAAUGAAGAGUGGAAUGAAAAUAAAAGAUCUCAUAUCACUCGUUUAAUUAAAAAGGAAUCCGUAAAUGUUGUAAAAAAUUCGGAACGGGAGAUCGCAAACUUUUCGAAAGAUGAAAAUUAUCGCGAGGAAAGCGGAGAAAAUUUAGAAACUUUUUCAACAGAAGUUCAUUCUGGGGAUAAUUUCAUUAAUCCAACAGCAGAAGUAAAAAUCGAAAAUGAGAGCUUUGAUAAUACCACGCAUUGCAAAAUUGAAAGCGUCGAAAGCCCCAUAGACAAUGCAGAUGCCGAGUUGCAGUACGAUUUAGAGGAAGGAGAGAGUGGCGAAUCCAUGAUAUUAAAUAAUGCCGUUGGUUUGAGCGCAAAAUCACCCUCGGCAGUCAGUUUAGAUAGUGCUAAAGGCUCUUCUGUGGUAACGGGAAUGGAUUGGAUGACAUUUUCAACAGGUGAUAUCUUCUGGGGACAAAUUUACACUUAUUGCUAUUGGCCUUGUAUUGUAUGUCCGGAUCCCGAAGGUAACACGAUAUCCACUGAACGUAACUUGCGUAAUGGCGAAGAAUAUGUAUUAGUUCAUGUGCGCUUCUUUGCCGAUAGCGGACGGAGGAAUUGGGUAAAACGUGAGAAUCUUAUCCCAUAUACCGAUCUAGAGAAUUACAAGCAACAUAUGCGCGAAAUACGUAAAAAAUAUGGCAAAAAGAGUGUAAAAUAUAAAGUCCUUUUACCAAAACCAAGCAAAGUAAUGAUCUGGAGGGAGGCAAUAAAAGAAGCAAAUAAAGUAUCUGAAAUUGUAUACGAGGACAGAUUAACAAAGUUUUUUGAAAUAUACGAGCAUAAAAAAGUCUUGCAAAAAAUACAAAGAAAAAACCGGAAGUUGAGCACGGACAACAAUAGUAGAACCGAUAGUUUAAGUCACGAUUCUAUGGAAAGUUUGAUAGUAAAAAAUCCUUUGGCUUCGGGAAAACGCGAUCGUUCGGUUUCGCCAUACAGCCCUGCUUUUUCUCCCCUAAAACCGCUAUCAAGCACAAAACGACGAAAAUUAAGUGAUGCAUCUACGCAGCUGCUGCAAAUCGCAGAGAACUCAAUUGGUGAUAAUAAUGAGACUCUUGAAAGCUCUAAUAAUAAUACCGAACCCAAUAAUGGGGUACUCAAAGAAACAGAAGCCAAUUCUUCUACUUCUUUUGCUGCGAUGCAUGCGAUGGAAAUGUGUAACAGCGAAUAUAGAAAGUUUUACAACGCAAUGAGAGAAUUCGUGUUGGAAGAUAAUACAGACGAAUGUUUAGAAAGAAGUCUAAUGGUUGCAUCGCGGAACAUUUGGGCAUUAAAACAGAUUAAUAGACAUCAAGUACAACGGCGUUUGCUGGUAGCCAAUAAUGAGCAUGAGCUGGGCUCUAGUCUUGUUGAAAAUCGUAGUGGAGAAGUUGCCGUUAAGCGGCUUUCCAAUAGAUUAAAAACAUUGAGACAUCGUCAUAGUUUACCAGCCCAAAUGAGGGAUGUGCAACACUUGGAAUCACAAGAAAAACCACAAGGAGCAGAAGGAGAAGUUCAAGUAGUUGAUAAACCGAAACGCCUAUUAAACCGGCCUAUAGAAGAAGUUAUCGAUGAUAUUUUCAAUUUAGAUAACAAGUAUUUAUUUCGAGGAUUAGCACGUGAUCCUGUUUGUAAGUACUGUCUUCAUCCCGGCGGUGCAUUGGUUAGAUGUGCUAAAGGUUGUCAAACUUGGUUGCAUGCAGAUUGUAUUGGAAAAGAUCCAACAGCAUUAAAGAAGGCUAGAAACGGUGGUCGUCGAAAAUUAAGUAUUGCAAGGCGUAGUUCUUCUAAAUUAUCCAUUGAUAUCAAGCCAUCAUUCGAAAGUCCAAGUAUGCCAAUAAAUAACGAACGCGAACUUCCUGGCACCUCCUCGGCAUUAACCACUUACCAUGUUACUGCAGACGGAGAUGUUGACGAACAUAUCAUUAAAAUAAGUCCUGAAGUAAUUUGCGAUUCCUGCGCACUAGGAAAAGCGCGUGCCUGUGCUGUUUGUAAAGAAGACCAUACAUCAGAUACAAACAAGGAAGAGUUAAUUAUCUGUAACAUGCCUCAAUGUUUGAAAGCAUUCCAUCCUGCAUGUUGCAGAUAUUGGCCACAAGCAAAAUUCACUAAAUCGAAAAAUAAGAUCGAAUCUUUCCGCUGCCCAUCGCAUGUUUGUCACACUUGCGUUUCGGACGAUCCCAAAGGCAAAUUUCAACAUUUGAGCAACUCGAAACUUACAAAAUGUGUGAAAUGUCCUGCCAGUUAUCACAUGGAUUCGACUUGCAUACCUGCAGGUUCUCAAAUACUCACAGCGGCGCAUAUAAUAUGCCCACGCCAUAGUGCAUCUAGUAAAUCAGAUGCACAUGUGAACGUCAGUUGGUGUUUCAUUUGCGUUGGAGGCGGUCAAGUAAUCUGCUGUGAGACAUGCCCCACAGCUGUUCACGCCAAAUGCUUAAAUAUUCCACUGGAUCCUAGUGAAGGUUACAUCUGUGAGGAGUGUGAGUCCGGUCGUAUGCCAUUGUAUGGUGAAAUGGUGUGGGCCAAAUUCAAUUCAUUCCGUUGGUGGCCGGCAAUAAUACUACCUCCGACCGAAAUACCACAAAAUAUCAGACGAAAGGCACACAACACCAAUGAUUUCGUCGUGCGAUUCUUUGGCACACAUGACCAUGGCUGGAUCUCUAGGCGACGUGUUUAUCUCUAUUUGGAGGGUGACAGUUCUGAACCACCGAAAACAAAAUCAAGUUUGGAUCAGAGCUACAAUCGCGGUGUCGAAGAAGCGAAACGAAUAUAUGAAAUAAUAAAAUCAAAGAAGUUGGCACAACGCCUUUCAAAUGAAAAUAAAGAAAAGCUACAUCCGCAGCCAUACGUGCGUAUUAAAGCUAAUCGUGCCGUUCAUCCGGUCAAACUGCACAUCGAUUUGGAGAAGGUCAACAAAUGUGAAUGCAGAAGUUACGAUGAGAAUCCAUGUGGCCCAAAUUCAAAUUGUUUAAAUCGUGUUCUAUACCAUGAGUGCAAUCCGAAGUUGUGUCCGGCGGGCGAACGCUGUCAAAAUCAAAUGUUCGAGUCGAGAUUAUCACCGCGUCUCGAUGUUGUCUAUCUGAAAGAGCGCGGUUUCGGUCUGGUGUGUAGAGAGCCCAUAAAUGCGGGAGAUUUUAUUAUUGAGUAUGUUGGUGAAAUUAUCGAUGAUAAUGAAUUUAAACAACGAAUGUCUCAGAAGUCUUUGGAUCGUGAUGAGAACUUCUAUUUUCUAUCAGUUGAGAAGGACUAUAUUAUUGAUGCGGGUCCGAAAGGAAAUUUGGCGCGAUUCAUGAAUCAUUCCUGUGAUCCGAAUUGUGAGACACAAAAAUGGUCGGUAAACGGUCUGAAUCGAAUAGGACUUUUCGCUAUUAAAGACAUACCAGCGGAUACGGAACUCACAUUUAAUUAUCAUUGGGACGAUUUGUUAGGAAAUCAGAAAAAGUUGUGCUUAUGUGGUGCAGUUAAAUGUGUGGGUGAAAUAGGUGGCAAAAAUAAGGAGGAUAAGGUUUCUAAAGAAAACACUGCAGUCGUUGCCAACAAAGCUAAAGCAGGUGCCACGCGGAAGCGGAAACCUCUAAAGAGGCUGCAAAAUCGUGCCCGAGAAGGAAAUGAAAAGAAAGUAAGCAAAAAACGUUCAAACGUAACAGUGAAGAUUCCACAAAGGAUUGGUAACCGUGUAGGUGACCAGAGAGAUGCAGAUGAGAACAACAUAUCGCUACAAAACGGUGACAACACCAACAAUACCGCCGACAAAACCAAUGAAGAUGACAAUACAACAAAUAUAUUUUGAUACUAAUAUUAUUAACCAUUCGCAAAUCGUUUCAUGCAUGUAUAGAGAUAAUUUAACAAAAUUCUGUUUAUAACGUGAGUAAAAAAAUUUAUUUUUAAAAUUUGUUUAUAUAAUCCAA